AGAGGAAAGAGAGAGAGAAAAAAAACAACUUUUCCUCCCAGGUUCUUUCUUCCUUAGCGAGCUCAAAUUUUACACCGAGCGGACUUUUACACUGCGAUGUCUUGCUUCUGUCUACGUCCUAAAAGGACAAUCUCACAGGAGAAAAUAUUUGAAGAGCACAAGAAAAAGGACACGCAGGAAUACCGAAAACGCCUGGGUCUAAAAGAUGAUGAUGACCUUCAGUUCCUGCUGGCCGGCACGAACCUCAUCAAGAUUCGCUCAAAAUCCUGGCAGAAGAACCGCUACUUUAGUCUGAUGGAAGACUGUAGGACCAUCUCGUACUCAUCUAAGAAGCUUUUCAAAAAAGACCAAACCUUCCUCAUUGAUGACAUUGAAUCUGUGCGCAAGGGCCGCCAGACUGAAGGACUCAAAAAAUACACGGACCCCACCCAGGACGAGAUGUGCUUCUCCAUCAUGUUUAAGGGUCACAACAAGAACCUUGACUUCAUGGCGGACUCUAAAGAGGAGGCCGAUCAGUGGGUCACCAGCCUGCAGAAGCUCAUCAAACAUAUUGACAACCUCAGCAAGAAGCAGACUCGUGAACAUUGGUUAAUUAACUGCCUGCAAAAAGCAGACAAGAACAAAGACAACAAGUUGACCCUGAAAGAGCUGAAACAUUUUCUGCGACAGGCCAACAUUGAGAUGGAUGACACCUAUGCAGAGGAAAUAUUUAAGAAAUGUGACACAUCAAAUUCGGGUACUUUGGAAGACUUGGAGAUUGAGGAAUUUUAUAACCAACUGACAAAGAGGGAGGAGGUAGAUGUGAUCUAUGCGAAGUAUGCAGAAACACAGGGUGAAAUGAGCGCCACGGACCUGCUGAAUUUCCUACUGAAUGAGCAGAGGGAGCAAGCGACGGUGGAGAGUGCGCUCAAGCUGAUUGAGAAAUAUGAAUUGGACGAAGCAGCAAAACAGAAGAAGCACAUGACUAAGGAUGGCUUUACAAUGUACCUCACCCAUGAGGAUGGAUCCGUCUUCAACCCAGCUCACUCACUGGUGUAUCAGGACAUGAGUCAGCCCCUCAAUCAUUACUUCAUCUCCUCCUCACACAACACCUACCUGAUGGAGGACCAACUCAAAGGACCCAGCAGCACAGAGGGCUAUGUAAAAGCAUUGAUGAAGAGUUGCCGUUGUGUGGAGCUGGACUGUUGGGACGGGCCAAAUGGAGAGCCUGUAAUUUAUCAUGGCUACACUCUAACAUCAAAAGUCCUUUUCAAAGACGUCAUCAGAGCCAUCAAAGACUAUGCCUUCAAGACAUCUCAAUACCCUGUGAUUCUGUCCCUGGAGAACCACUGCACAGUGGAGCAACAAAGGCUCAUGGCCCAUCACUUAAUCGACAUCCUGGGUUCUGCUUUGGUCACAAAGCCUUUGGGUGACACCAUGCCCACCAAUCUCCCCUCACCAGAGGAGCUGAAAGGCAAGUUCCUCGUCAAGGGGAAACGACUGAACAAACUGGAUGCUGUGUUCUCAGACAACAGCACUGCUGAUGAAGAAGUGGUGUCUGAGGAGGAUGAGGCUGCAGAUUGCAAGGAGAACGAUCAAAAAGUGAAGUCAAAGAAAUCAAAGAUCAAACUCGCCAAAGAACUGUCAGAUAUUGUUAUCUAUUGUAAGAGUGUCCAUUUCAGUGGGUUUGAACAUUCCAAAGACAACCAGAGCUUCUAUGAAAUGUCAUCUUUGAAGGAGAGCAAAGCUUUCCAACUGGCUGAGACUUCAGCCACUGCCUUCAUUCAUCACAACAUGGACAAACUCACCAGGAUCUACCCAGCUGGCUCUAGGACGGACUCCUCCAACUACAACCCUGUUCCUAUGUGGAACGUUGGCUGCCAGAUCGUGGCGCUGAACUUCCAAACUCACGCUAAAGAGAUGCAUCUUAACCAGGGCCGGUUUCGGCCAAACGGAUUUUGCGGAUACAUCUUGAAGCCCGAAUUCCAGAGGAGCCCGUCAUCUCAGUUCAAUCCCCAAUCUCUUACCAAUGGGCCAUGGCUACAGAAGAAGACCCUCCAUGUCAUGGUGAUCUCAGCUCAGCAAUUGCCUAAACUGAACAAGGACAAAGAGAAGUCCAUCGUUGACCCUCUGGUGAUAGUGGAAAUCCAGGGGGUCGCAGAGGACAACGCUAAGAAGAUGACGCACCACAUCGAAAACAAUGGGUUCAACCCCAUGUGGAAUGAGAAAUUUGAGUUUCCUAUCAAUGUUCCCGAGCUGGCCUUGUUGCAGUUUACAGUGGAGGACCAUGACUCAGCGUCCUAUAAUGAUCACAUUGGGCAGUUCUGUCUGCCGCUCACCAGCGUUCAGAAUGGAUAUCGCCAAGUCCCAUUGCUCACCAAGAGGGGCGUCAUCAUUCCCUCUGCAGGGCUGUUUGUGCAUAUCAUGCUCCUGGACCGGCAGUAAGAUAUUAUUGGGUAGAAAGCCUUCAUGCAAUCAGGGACGAGUUUGAACAGGCAAUGACAGAGCAAUGACUAAGUAUUGCAACUAGGUUGGAUAAACCUUCAUAUUGGAAACCUUCUGUCUGUUUUUUUUGGACAUAUUUGUUUUGAGCUAUUGUUCAUUUUUACUAUUAUUAUGGGAAAGGGAGAAUCAUUGAAGCUGUGAAUGAAUGAGAGAGUUAGAAGUUAUUUAAUGACAGUCAUUUAACUGUUUUAUGCUCCCCUCAGAGAAUAAAUAUUGUAAGUUUUACAUAGGUGCCUUCUUCUAACAUGCAGUGCAAUCUCUGAGUCUUAUUGUAUCAUCACCUUCCUUAAAUAAUGGCCUAAUUCAUUGUUUGCCAAAAGGGAUUUUGGUAUAAAAGGAUUUUUUUACUUUUGGCUAAGAAGGCCUUGAUUUUAGGAAGGUGACAAUAUCAAGGAACAACCAUGUGUGCAUUUAUUGUGUUUUUUCUAGACUUUGUGAGUAGAACAAACCUUAAUAUAUAUAAUUGCAAGGAUCUGUACUAGGCAUGAGGUGGUUACAGAUAUCAAGUAACGCCAAAGUGUUUAAAGGUCACAGAAUGAAAAAUAUGGACAAUUUCCUGAGAUGCCACACCAUAUGGAUCUGGUCCAGGUCCUUGACUUGUUGCUUCUCACUGCCAUUCGACUGUCUGAACAAAGUUUACUACACCAUAAACUUUGGGAUUUUUAGUUUAACUUAUGUUUUUUGUUUUAACAUCUCUUUAUUUUUUAUUUCUCUUUAGCUUACCAAAAACAAUUCAAAGCUUUGUUUUUACUUUGGAUUUGUUUCUGCAAAUUGGUAUUUAUUUCUCUUUAUUGUCUACAUUGGGGUUCAGGUUUCUUUCCUUCUUUUUUUAUUUGCUGUCACCCUCUCCUUUGUACAGUACCUUAUCUCUCCCAUGCCUGUGUUUUCCCUCCAGCUGUUCCUCAUCUCUUGGUUUGUACUUCUGCAUUAAUACUUUUCGUUUCCCUGUUAGUUGGAUUCUCACGUUCUGAAUCCACUAGUUCUUUCAGUAAGGCUUUUGUAUUUCUUUCAUUAAACAUUGCCAUCAUACUGUUGUCUUGCCUGCAUUUUAGUCUGACCCUGGAUAUCAGACAAGCAGUAUUUUGUAAGGAAGGCUGAUAACUGUUACACGUUCCAAGUGUUACUUUAUGAGCAGAAUGGCAAAAGGGUGCAAUAGUAUACAUAUUAGGGGCUUAAAAACUGCUAACUUUGUACAUUUUUGUUGUAAUUAUUUGACAUGUUAUUUUGGUUUGACACUCUACCAGUGCAUGCCUAGAAUGUUGUUAUUUUGCUUUCUUAAAUAGCAAUAAUCUUACGUCUUUAGAGAGUUUAUGUGCCUUUGUUCUCCUUUUCUCAAGUCAAAGACUUGGACCAUAGGUAAGACUGUUUUAUAAUUUACAUUUUAGACAUCAUGACUAGGUAGAUCGUACAGAGUUACAGUUAAUGAAAUUAAACUUAAUGUCCUGUAUUAUAAUUUUCUUCUCAAUGCUUGUUUUAGUGACAUCUUUGUGCGCAUUUGCACUAGUUCACAAAUAAAAACAGCUUUACUCUCUC